AUGUACCGUUUAACUACAUGUACUAAACAUAUUGAGGCUAUCGCGAGUCCCGGCCCCACAUCCACCCCCGCAUGGACUUCACCAGAAUCGACCACCACCCAAGUCAUCGUCUUCGGCAUUAUUACUUCUGUUCUCUCUCUUGUGGCCAUCUACUUUUCUUACCGACAAUUACAGGCCACACGUCUACGAAACAGGGGUUGCCCGCCGCCGACCAACGAGUUCGAGGCCGAUGUUGCAGGGACUCGCACCAUAGGCACAGGGGAAGGGCCUGGAUACGUUCAUUUGUCCGAAGUCCGCGUUCUUCACUGGGCCGCGCUGCAGCCGAGCAGGGAAAGAUUCCCGGUCAACAAGAGUUGUGGAAAAGUCUGCCGACUCCCGUCACACUUCAAGUUUGCUCUGAGAAUCGGCGUAUCGAGGGCCCGAGGUAAGGACUGGGACGAGCUGGUCACCGACGAGGACUGGGAAGAACACGAUGUCUUCGGUCCGCCGACUUGUCCCGACCCCUCAUGCAAGUCUAGAAAAUCCGAGCUCUAUGUGGCUGGCGAUCUCUCCGUUUGUCUGGACUGUCGCUCCAUAAUUUCCUCGGCUACCUCUCCAUUGGGCCACACCUCUGCUUUUCCCUACCUCGCCCUGCAACAAGAAUCAGAGCUGCGACUGCUCCUCCUAUGGCCGCAGUGCGAAGAUGAAGACGAGAUCCACGGCACGCUGGUCCACUGCCAUGUCAAUGACCUUUUAGAGUACGAGGCCAUUUCGUACACCUGGCCCGACGAGCACGGCGACGCCACUCGUAACCGUACCAUCUUUCUCAACGACCUGCCCCUUGCCGUCACAUCCAGCUGCGAGGCCGUCUUGAAACGCGUUCGACUGAUGUCAGCCCCCCGGGUCCUAUGGAUCGACGCCGUAUGUGUCAACCAGGACGAUAUGAACGAGCGCGGCCACCAGGUGCGAUUGAUGCCAGAAAUCUUCUCGCGAGCCAAACGGGUACUCAUCUGUCUCGGAGAUGCGAGCGAAGACGACAAUACGGGCAUAUACUACUAUUUCUCGGCCCCUGAGCCUUCUAAUCCCCGAAGGCGCAUAUCUGAUAAACGCAGCAUUGCCUAUGGGGCACGGGGUCAGUGGUGGGACCUUGCAAGAAACGCGGUUCGAAACAUUCUGGCCCACCGUUACUUCACUCGCGUCUGGAUCCUUCAGGAGAUCGGUCUCGCGAAGGAGGCCGUCGUCAUAUAUGGGAAACAAGAAAUACCCUGGAAAGCUCUCCAGCAACAUGUUGUCGGAGAGGAUACCUCUAUGUUCUACGGAAAACUGAGUUUUGACUUUCCGGUUUUCAAUACCCCGCAGCCACUCGUUCCCAAACAGACGCAGCAGCCUAUGGCAUUCAACUUUGCUUCAGCGGCAAUUCGUGGCCCGUCUCAGAUGCUAGAGCUUCUCGACGAGGCCCGACAUUGCCAGGCGAGUGAUCCUAGAGACAAGGUGUUUGCUUUCUUUGGCCUGGUCCAGCUGGCGAGCAAGUUUGGAUUUGUGGCCGACUACACAGAAACAGUUGCCGAGGCUUUUGCCAGGAUAGCCGUCCUCCUCGCGGUGCGGAAUAGCCUCUUGCCUGUUCUGCGUCGUGCGGUGAGAUGGGAGAGACAGCAAGCCUUGCCUGGUUGGGUUCCCGACUGGUCCGCUGACAGCAAACGAGAGCCUUCGCUUACCAGGGACAAAACACGCUUGGCCUUCGGUUCACAUAUCCCCUUCCUGGUAACUAGCAAGGGGUACGAGAUGGAUGUGAUUGGUGCUCGCAUUUGCGAUAUAGGAACCUUUAUCUACGCAGGCUUUGCGCUCCAAAUGGAGAUCACCGGCCGUACCCCGUUCACUUGCAGCACCGAUAAUGGCCUCCGGGAUGUAUACGAGGCCCUUGACCUGCCGUCAGGAACCUCGCUUGGUUGUUACAUUUUUCAAAGCAGCCCAAGCGAACACUACACCGCUGAGUCGUUCCAGGCGCAGCUACAGACUUGUAUCGACACCCAGACGGCCAUCAAAACAUUGUCCCCGGAUAUAUGGCCACACCACCAAUCCCUUCCCUAUUUCGUUUUCCGCGAGUCCGAGGGUGAGGCGCGGGAAUUUGUCGGCCUUUUUACCUUGACCAUAGCAAGCAAGGAUGCGCACAAUGCAUAUGCUUGGAGCAAGGGACAGUUCAGCAAGUUGGGUCAAUCCUGGAAAGGCAUCGCUGUCUCGUCCCCUUUGCCAUCGCAUUCUUCAAAAAUGGCCACUCAUCUGGAGCGCACGCUCCACCGAAUGAUCACCGAACAAAUGGGAAAGCCCGGGGCCGACGAAUCCGAUCCACGCCCUCUGGCCUCGCGGCCUGCGAGCGUCGAUAGACAGUUUUGGAUGCAAAUCUGGGACCACUUUCUCCCAACCACCGAGGGAGCCAUUGAUAACGCCCUACCAACCAACGACCCCACGAUCCCGGAGCUGCUGCGCCUGUCCACCGAGUAUCAUCUACUGCCGGACAAGAAAGAGAUGGCGAUGCCGCCGCUGUCCGUCGCGGAACAGCCCGACCAGCUACGGCAACACAGGCUACCGCUGCGGACGUGCUUGGGGGUCCUGCGCCUUGCCGUUUGGCUCAAGAGGCCGCAGACUGCCGUCGACUACGGCCGGCACGGGCAGCUGGGCGGCCCGCUAGGUUGGCUCGAUGCCUGGGCUCAGCGGGAGCUCGGCGGUCUCGGCGAGGUUCUGGACACUGCUGUCGGAGCCAAUCUGGCUCAGAUGGCCCUGAUGAGUCCGGAAUGGAAGGUGGAUGUCGACGAUGAUGUCGGUGAUCGGGGCGACAUGGCGGGGGAUGAACGGCGGCGCGGGCCGGACGAUAAGAGGCAGUCUCUUUUUAAGCCCGUGGUAUUGCUUGGUGACUUUCUAGGCGACGAGAAACUGGAACAUCAACGGAUAACAUUUGCGCUAGGUGAGAAAUACCGCAGGUAG